AUGUCGGUCCAGACUCUCCAAAGUCAGCAUCUCGUGGCGAAAGAUGAUAGCGCUGGAGUAAUAUUUGUGAAGACGAAGACUAACCAGGAGGGUUCAGGGCCCCGUGAUCCACGCCACCUGUACGCGAACCCGCUGAGCCCAUCAACGUGCUGGGUGACUGCCUUGGCAAUUUAUCUUGCAUGCCACCCUCGAUUGGAACCGGGGGCACUACUUCCAGGCUCUAACCAGAAGCUACGAUUUAGCAAGGUGCUGACUAACCUUUUGAAGCAAGGAGACGCUGGUAAAAGUUACGGUACGCACUCGGUGCGCAAAGGAGUGGCUACAUUCGCUUCCGCAGGAUAUCAAUUCCUGGGGCGAGUAGUGGCAGGACUUCCCGUAAAUGACUCUAAGUUCGCUACUUUAACGCCCCAUUUUCAGGAUGGCCCCGAUAAAUAUGUGAAAUCGUGCGUGGAGACUAUGUUUCCG